AUGGCUUCAUCUCAAGAUGAAGACGGAUCGAGUCACGGCAAGAACAAAAGUGUGUUGAUUGAGGAACUUAGUCAUGAUUUUUUUAGUGAACAAAUUGGAAAGGCUUUGGAGAACUUCUCUCCAUUCAUCGUUAAAAAGUUAAACGAGACCCUUGAGGGCGCAAUGAGUGAUUCGAUCGCGAUCAAGAUAAGAGAAGAAGUUGCAUCCGCGGUACAAAAGGAGUUUGAUAAACGAUUUCCGAAGGAAAAAGUACCGGAAAAUCAAGACGCUGAGGAGCGUCCAAGGCCAAAGAAUGAGAAGCCUUAUGAUCUUAAGAGCUUCACCAUUGCUAACCCGCCCAAAUACAAUGGGGAUCCUGACCCGAUUGUGAGCACAAGGUGGGUAAAUGAGGUUGAGGGAGCCUUCCGCAUCACAAAGACUCCCCCGGAAGACAAAACCUUAUAUGGGUCAAGCUUGUUGUGUGAUAGGGCUAAGCUAUGGUGGGAUGGAGAGAUUGUUAAAAGAGGGGAGGAUGCAACGGUGGGUAUGGAAUGGGCCGAUUUCAAAGUGGCCUUCUUUAAAGAAUUUCGAUCAGAAGCCGAUGUGACUAGGCUUAGAAGCGAGUUUAUGAAUGACUCGCAAGGCACCUUGAAUGUAAACGAGUUUCGGGUACAAUUUCUGGACAAAGCUCAAUUUUGUCCGGAAUAUUUGAAAGACGAUCGGUUGUUAAAGGAGCAUUUUUAUCUCAAACUUCGCAAGAGCAUUCGAGAGAGGAUUACGUUACUUCAAAUCGAAUCGUUUACACAAUUGAUUGAUGUGGCUAGGUGGCAUGAGGUUGAGCACGGUAUGCCGGAUGACGAGACCCCCAAGAGAAAGAUGGAACAAAGUAACUCUCCAAACAAGAAGUUCCGGUCUAGUGGUAGUUCGGGGGGUGGUUCAAAUAGGAAGAACAUUCCCACUUGCAACAAUUGUGGGAAGCAUCAUUCUGGAGUUUGUUUAUUACCAUCUAAGAAAGGAUGUUUCAAUUGUGGACAACCGGGUCACAUUAGCCGAGAUUGUAAGUUCUCUCCAAACAAACCUACUGUGUGCUUCAAAUGCUUUAACGAAGGACACAUGAAGAGUACUUGCCCAUUGUUGACGGAGGAGGAAAGGCAAGCCGAAGCAAGAAAGGUUAAUGAAAGAAAAUUGGCGAAACAAGGGGGAAUCUGA